UUGUGGCCUAGCAAGAAGAUCGAUUGGCCGUUUCGUGCCUGGGCAGAGCUGGUAGCGCUAGUUUGAGAAGGAGAGCGAGAGCACACGGACUGGAAGGCUGCUUGCAUUUGUCGUUUAAGGCUCCAGUAAUAUAUCUGUAAAUUAGUUUGGUACACACUGCGAAGAGACCAGCAUGGCUACGGGGGGCGAGGCAAGAAAUGAUGAUCUUUCAACUGCAAUAUUAAAACAGAAGAACAGGCCUAAUAGGCUGAUUGUUGAUGAAUCUAUUAAUGAAGACAACAGUGUGGUGGCACUCUCCCAGGCAAAAAUGGAUGAGCUGCAACUCUUCAGAGGUGAUACAGUGCUUCUUAAAGGAAAGAAACGAAGGGAGACUGUGUGCAUUGUGCUUUCUGAUGACACUUGUUCAGAUGAGAAGGUGCGCAUGAACAGAGUUGUACGGAACAACCUAAGAGUGAGGCUGGGAGAUGUCAUCAGUAUUCAGCCAUGUCCUGAUGUUAAAUAUGGAAAGCGUAUCCAUGUACUUCCCAUUGAUGAUACGGUUGAGGGAAUUACGGGUAACCUCUUUGAAGUUUUUCUUAAACCUUAUUUCUUGGAAGCCUACAGACCAAUAAGAAAAGGAGACAUCUUUUUAGUAAGAGGAGGAAUGCGAGCAGUAGAAUUCAAAGUUGUUGAAACUGACCCAAGUCCCUACUGUAUAGUGGCUCCAGACACAGUUAUUCACUGUGAAGGAGAACCUAUUAAACGAGAGGAUGAAGAAGAAUCUUUGAAUGAAGUUGGUUAUGAUGACAUUGGUGGUGUCAGAAAACAGCUGGCUCAGAUUAAAGAGAUGGUUGAACUUCCUCUGAGGCACCCUGCACUCUUCAAAGCUAUUGGUGUCAAGCCUCCACGUGGUAUACUCUUGUAUGGACCUCCUGGUACUGGCAAAACUUUGAUUGCUCGAGCUGUUGCAAAUGAAACUGGAGCUUUCUUCUUCUUGAUUAAUGGCCCUGAAAUUAUGAGCAAGUUAGCAGGAGAAUCGGAAAGCAACUUGAGAAAAGCAUUUGAAGAGGCAGAAAAGAAUGCUCCAGCCAUCAUAUUUAUUGAUGAGCUUGAUGCCAUAGCACCUAAAAGAGAGAAGACUCACGGAGAGGUUGAAAGACGUAUUGUAUCUCAACUCCUGACUUUAAUGGAUGGUCUUAAGCAGAGAGCACAUGUAAUUGUUAUGGCAGCUACCAACCGGCCAAAUAGCAUUGAUCCAGCUUUAAGAAGAUUUGGUCGUUUUGAUAGAGAGGUGGAUAUUGGUAUUCCUGAUGCCACAGGUAGAUUGGAGAUUCUUCAGAUUCAUACUAAGAACAUGAAGCUGGCAGAUGAUGUUGACCUUGAGCAGGUAGCAAAUGAGACUCAUGGCCAUGUGGGUGCUGAUUUAGCUGCACUGUGUUCUGAAGCUGCUUUACAAGCCAUUCGAAAGAAGAUGGAUCUUAUUGAUCUUGAAGAUGAAACAAUUGAUGCAGAGGUCAUGAACUCAUUGGCAGUCACAAUGGAUGACUUCAGGUGGGCUCUGAGUCAAAGUAAUCCUUCGGCUCUUCGAGAAACAGUAGUUGAGGUACCAAAUAUCACCUGGGAAGAUAUUGGUGGACUUGAAGAUGUAAAACGAGAAUUACAGGAGCUUGUACAGUAUCCAGUGGAGCAUCCAGAUAAAUUCUUGAAAUUUGGUAUGACGCCUUCAAAAGGAGUACUUUUCUAUGGACCACCAGGGUGUGGUAAAACACUUUUGGCAAAAGCAAUUGCCAAUGAAUGCCAAGCAAACUUCAUCUCAAUCAAGGGGCCAGAAUUGCUCACAAUGUGGUUUGGCGAGUCUGAAGCCAAUGUGAGAGAGAUCUUUGACAAGGCCCGUCAGGCAGCCCCCUGUGUCUUGUUCUUUGAUGAACUUGAUUCUAUUGCAAAGGCUCGUGGUGGUAAUGUUGGUGAUGGUGGUGGGGCAGCUGAUAGAGUGAUCAACCAGAUCUUGACAGAAAUGGAUGGAAUGUCCACAAAGAAGAAUGUUUUUAUUAUUGGUGCCACUAACAGACCAGAUAUCAUUGAUCCUGCUAUUCUGAGACCUGGACGUCUGGACCAGCUCAUUUACAUUCCCUUGCCUGAUGAGAAAUCCCGCAUUGCCAUUCUUAAGGCCAACCUCCGGAAGUCACCAGUUUCCAAGGAUGUUGACCUCGAUUUCCUGGCAAAGAUGACCAAUGGCUUUUCAGGAGCCGAUUUGACAGAGAUCUGCCAGCGAGCCUGUAAGCUGGCAAUUAGAGAGUCAAUCGAAAAUGAAAUUCGGAGGGAGCGUGAAAGGCAGACAAACCCUUCAGCCAUGGAGGUAGAAGAGGAUGACCCUGUCCCAGAAAUUCGCAAAGACCACUUUGAAGAAGCUAUGCGCUUUGCUCGUCGUUCUGUCAGUGAUAAUGACAUCCGCAAAUAUGAGAUGUUUGCACAGACACUGCAGCAGAGUCGUGGUUUUGGCAGCUUCAGGUUUCCCUCUAGCAAUCAGGGUGGUGCAGGACCAAGCCAGGGUUCAGCAGGUGGGAGUGGUGGCAACGUAUUCAGCAAUGAUGACAAUGAUGAUGACCUUUAUGGUUAACUUUCAAAAGAUGGACCAAAUCUCUCUAUCCUGAUGGGCCACGUUUUGAAUCUCCCAACAUUAAAACUCCUUGAAUUUUAGGACUCCGCUUCUUACUGUGUUUUUUUUUUUUUUUUGGUUUGUUUUUUGUUUUUUUUUCCUUUUUUUUUUAAUAUCCCCUUUUUCACCCAUCUCAGUUCAAAAUAAGCAUGUAGCUAUUUGUAUUCUGUGCUCUUGUCAUGAGAGCAAUUAUUAAAGAAUCACAUGAUCUUUUCUCAAUAUAAAGGGGUGUUAAAAAUUGACCAUAGAAAAUCUUCAUUCUACAGACUCUUUAAUUCACAAACUUACAGUGUCGGCCACUCUAGGAAUGGGCACAAUGCUGAUAUCUAAGGAGAAAAAAAAUCCUAAUGACUCUUCCUUUUUUAUUAUAGUAGCAUAAUGUAUUACAAGUUUGAAAGAAAAGAAAAAGUUAAAUAAAAUCUUAAGAAUUGAAUCAUUAUGUUAAUGGGUGAUAGUGUUUGUAAAAAGCAUGUUCUCCUGUGGCUGCUGGCUUCUGCACCAUUUUUCAUUUGAUAAGGCAAUUAAUGAAUAAGGGACUAAAAAUGUAGCCAGCAGUCCGCUUCCUAUGUGUGAAAUUAAUAAGGAGUCAGAAGUGAAGUGGACUACAGUAAAUCAUAAAAUAUUCAAAAACAUGUAAAUCGUAUCAUGAAAAUAAAUGCAAAUAUUAUAA